AUGGCCAAGAAGAAGAAGAAGGAGGAGGAGGAGGAGGAGGAGGAGGAGGAGGAGGAGGAGGAGGAGGAGGAGAACAAGCAGAUUGAGAAAGAGGUUGUGGCGCUUUUGGCCGCGGCUGUUGAAGAGGAGAUGAAGAAGCGGGCGAGGGAGGAGGAGGAAGCUGAGGAAGGAAAACCUCGUAAAAAAAACCAAAUAUCAACAGGAAAAGCCAGCUGGGGAGCCGGCCGUUGGGAAAUGGGUUGCUGGCCUCUCUGAGGCCCAGAAACUCCGGUGCUAGGAGUUAUACGACAAGCGUGGAGAGGGGAUCAAGAUGGUUAAGGCCAUAAAGGCUGAGCUCGCCAAAGCACGAGUGGAGGUUGCGCGGUUGGAGGCGCUGCUUAAAGCCCAACAGAAAGAAAUUAAUGAGGAUGGGCUGCGUAUGAAGAUGAAGGAUGCUUGGUGUUUUUUUUGUUUUUAACUUUUAAUCCGAUGUCUAUCAAUGACAUCACAAAUUCAAUGGUACUUGCGUGCAUUUUUAUGAAGGACGCAAAUUGAUUUACUAUCCAUUCACACUCUAACCCGGCUUUUGAGGCUUCCAUAACAGGGUCCAGCAGUGGCCGAUAGGCUAGUAUCGUCACUUUGAGAAGUAGUAGAGGCCGCUCAUCUAAUGAUAAUAUCGUUGAAUGUUUCCAAGAGUCCGUUGUGGC